AGUGAGCUUUACACGCCUUGUCUUUCCCUAGCCUAAAGCCUUGUCUUUCCCUAGCCUCUACCUCUCUGUGAGUUAAUUAGUAAGUGUCUAUACAAAUCAAACCCCAAAUACACAAAACCUCAAAUCUUUGAAAGAAAAAAGUAAAACUGAGAAAUAAAAACACUCUUUCAAUUUGAAGAUAAAGCAAUGCCUCUUCGUGAUCUUCCAGUGCAACUCAGGAACUUCAUCAUUUAUAUAAUAGUGCUGGUGCGAUUGAUUACACAAAGAUCGUUUCGCUCGUUUCAGGGUGAACCACUACCUCAAACUCGAGUUACUUCAAGACCUUCAAUACCUUCAAUGCUAGGUAUGACAAACCUCUCUCAGUAUCGCACAGCUAUCAUAAAUGAUAGAUGGGUCAUUGCUAAUAUCAUUUCAUCAAUGAUUGGAGGCCUUCUGUACGGGUACUCAUUGAGCUUCGUUGGGGGGUUGAUAACUAUGAAGACGUUUGUUCAUGCUAUAUCACCAGAGUGGUUUGAGGCCUCUGAAAAGGCUAAAACCACGAACUUCUGCCCAUACAUCGACACCCCAAUGGCUUUACUCUCGGUUAUUAUACCGUUUUCUCUUAUGCUUGGUGUAGUUGUUGCAACUACAGUACACAGAACUUGGAGGCCACAAGUACUUAUCGUUCUUGGCCUAAUAAUUAUACUAUCCGGUGUUAGUAUGGUAUGGGCUUUACCGAAGACAGUUGGUGCAAUUAUAGCACUAUGUCUCAUUGGAUUCGGUAACGGUAUGAUCCGUGAGGUCAUACCUAUAUAUUAUAUUCAAAAGGGCCCCGAGCAUUUCUCCACACUAAUUGAGAAUACAUACAACUUUGCGAAUGCUCUUGGUCCACCUGCUAGUUUAGUUGUAUAUUACUGUAUACUAAGAUAUAGUUCAGAUAAAAAAUGGAUUGUAGCUUUUAAGGUUAUAGGUGUGUUUGCUCUACUUCUUUUUGUUUUUGUUUUAAUUUCCCUAAAAAGUGUUCAGGAAAGGGAAAUAAUAGAAUCUGAUAGGCCCUUUCGUGAAAUUGUAGGAAGAUAUAAAAGAACUAGUAUAUUUGUAGUGAGCUAUGGCCUCAUUCCCCAACUUAUAGGGUUUGCGCCAUUAGCUUUUUAUGCGCCGUUAGUGUUUGAGUCAUUAGGUUUACGGGAUCGGGAACCCAUAUUGGCAUCGAUGGUAGCAGCCUUUUGUGUGUUCGGGUUCACAAUUCUUGUGACAUUCCUUCUCAUUCCUUUUCUUGGACGAAGAAAGGUGCUAAUUUGCUCUUGCCUAGUCAUGAGUGCACAGGCUGCUUUGUCUAAACUACUGCACUCACAGAAACAUCACCCGGACAAACCUGGAAAUGUGGUGGCAAUUGUCAUCAUGCUUGUGACAUGUGCAGGGUAUGCCGGCUUUAGCGGAUUUCAUGGUUGGACUCGGCAUGGUGCACCUAAACAAAUUGAUAGAGUGAUGCGAGCAACCACGAACGUCAUGAGCUUGAAACUCAUGGUGUCAUUAGCAUCGAUUGCCCCAUUUAUCAUUUGUGCUUUUGCAAAGUCUACUUUCAUUAUAGGAUGUGUUGUUUGUAUUUUAUAUAUAGUUGUAGUAUAUGUUUUUGUAUAUGACUGACAUGAAAUAUAUUUCUUCGAUCUUCUACUAUUUUAUCCUCACAAGAAUGUAUGUAUCUCACUUCUUAUCUGAUCUUCAUAUUGAUCAUAUUUU